AUGGUGAGUAAAGGAUACAGCAGCCUUCUGGGAUCUACCAACGUGUCAUAUCUGAACCCAAGUACAGUGGUCCUGGUUGGGAUUCCUGGACUAGAACAUGUGCAAUUUUGGAUUGGGUUUCCCUUUUUUGGCAUUUGCGUUGUGGCACUCCUGGGGAACAUCUACUUGCUUAUCAUUAUCCCGACAGAGAGAAAUCUACACCAGCCCAUGUACAUCUUCCUGGCAGUGCUGGCAGCCACUGACCUAGGGCUCUGUGUAGCCAUUGCUCCUAAGAUGCUAGCCAUCUUCUGGUUUGACUCUUUCUCCAUGGCUUUUGAUGUUUGCCUCACCCAGCUUUUCUUCAUCCAUGCUUUGCAGGGCAUGGAGUCUGGAAUUCUGUUAGCCAUGGCCUAUGACCGCUAUGUUGCCAUCUGUGAUCCUUUAAGGCAUACCUCUAUCCUCACACCUUUCUUUCUAGUCUGGGUGGUACUGAUGGUAGCAAUCCGAGCAAUGGUGCUUGUUGGGAUUUUACCCAUUCUACUCAAAAGACUGAAACAUUUCCACUCUGUGGUUAUUGUCCACUCUUAUUGUGAACACAUGGCUGUAGUCAAGCUGGCUGCAGAAGAUGUACAUAUUAAUAAGUCCUAUGGGCUCUUUGUGGCUUUUGCAAUUUUAGGUUUUGACAUGAUCUUUGUCUUCAUCUCCUACAUUCUGAUUUUUCAAGCUGUUUUCCGUCUUCCCCAGAAGGAAGCAAGACUCAAAGCAUUCAAUACUUGUACAGCUCAUAUUGUUGUCUUCCUGGAAUUUUAUAUCCUUGCUUUCUUUUCCUUCUUCAGUCACCGUUUUGGUCAUGUGUGCCCCUAUGUGCACAUUCUUUUGUCUACCAUUUAUCUACUUGUUCCCCCUGCCCUAAACCCUAUUGUGUAUGGUGUGAAGACCAAGGAAAUACGCAGGCGAGUUACUCAGAUUUGUAUAAUUAAGUUUGACUCUCAGCAAUAA